AAAUGGUCAGUGGAAUUAAGUAUCAUACUUAAUAACAAAAUACUCAAACUAUAACCUAUUUUUAUUUUUUUCCGUUUUACAAGACCGUGAUUUAUAUCCGUUAGACUGUGCUCACUCUACUUUACGAGGUUCCUUCAACGCAUCGUGGCACUGGCAGCUAGCCUAGCCUAGCUAACCUGGCUAAUCUGAUUUAUCGUCUCAGUUAAGCGCAGGAAACGUGGGUCAGGAUUACCAGUUUUAGUUAUCUUAACUCUCUUUUAGCGCGGUGUCGACUGAAGGUACGAUAACUUACCGCUUCGAGAAUGGCAUCACUCGGGGAACCUGUGCGACUGGAAAGGGAUAUCAACCGGGCCAUUGAACUUUUGGAUAAGCUCCAAAGGACAGGAGAAGUUCCUCCUCAGAAGCUGCAGGCUCUGCAAAGGGUCUUACAAAGUGAAUUCUGUAAUGCCGUCAGAGAAGUUUACGAGCAUGUGUAUGAAACUGUGGACAUCAACAGCAGUCCUGAGGUCAGAGCCAACGCCACAGCUAAGGCUACAGUGGCAGCUUUUGCAGCAAGUGAAGGCCACUCUCAUCCACGUGUGGUGGAGCUGCCCAAGACAGAGGAGGGUCUGGGCUUUAAUAUAAUGGGCGGUAAGGAGCAAAAUUCUCCAAUUUACAUUUCCCGGAUUAUCCCAGGAGGCAUCGCCGAUCGACAUGGAGGUCUCAAAAGAGGCGACCAGCUGCUCUCUGUUAAUGGCGUGAGUGUGGAAGGUGAACAUCAUGAGAAAGCAGUGGAACUCCUCAAAGCAGCUCAGGGCACAGUGAAGCUGGUAGUAAGGUACACCCCCAAAGUCCUGGAGGAAAUGGAGUCACGCUUUGAGAAAAUGAGGUCAGCUAAGCGCCGGCAACAGAACAACUAUCCCCAGUAGGAUUUUUUUUUCCUCCCCUCUUCAUGCGGAUGCCCACCUCCCGUGUUUCUGCUCCUCAAGCCUUCUGCCCAUCUGUCAUAUAUUUUUGCCCAUGCUCAAACCCACAAAAAGGACGAUCCCAGCUGUAGUUCCUACUUGCACAUGCAUCACCAGUUCUGCUUCUAACCUCCUUUGUAGCAUUUUUUAAAAUAUCUAUAAAAUCGCCACUGUUACUGUACCAGACACUAAAACUCUAGAUGAACACUAAAACGAUUGUCCGUUUGAGUCACAAUAUGUGCAUUAUUUUUGAAUUUAAAACAUUUGAAUGCAACUUUGAUUACUUUUGGGGGAAAAAAAAUGUAUUAUGUGACUCGUUUUACAGCUAAGGUUGGUAAUUUGUUCCUUCACAGCCACUACCAAGUGCCUCAGGGCAAACACAUUUAUCUUAUGUACUGUGUCAGCUAAUCUUGUUUGCUUUUAAUGGUUUAAGGUGAAGCAGUGGUGACUAAAUCCGCAGAGUGAUUAAUUACUUCGUGCUUAACAUUUAUAAAUCUCAAAAAUCCUUUUUAUUUGAAAUGAACAUGUCUCGAUGGUUUGUAAAACCCAUUUAAUAUACCAGUUUCAGAAAGAGCAAGUUUUUUUUAAUUGUCACUUAGGAGGAAUGCCCAGAAAAAAGGCUUUAGAGGAGCAGGCAAAAGGUUAAAUACGCUAAUUAAAUAGAUCAGAUUCUCAGUAAAUUAGAGUGCAGUCAUUUCAGCACAAAAGAAACGAGGGUUUGAGGUUUUCUUCUUCUUCUUUCUGGGCUUAACUCUUGUUUUUAGCAUCACAUUUUGCCAUGAAAAGCUUGGGAGUGACUGUAAGUGAUCGAAUAAGGUCAUAGCAGCUCAUAAAUUUAAACCCGUAGCUCCACAGAGAUUUGCAGCUUGGAUUUUAGCGAGGACAAAAAUCUGUGAUGGAGUCGACAUUCAACACUGUUUCGGCUCUGAUUUCCUUGCCAUGACAUACAUUUGCAUGAAGAAGUUUACAUACACUUAUCGAGGGAGUGGUGGUACUUUGAUGUGUAGAAGGUAAAACAAAAAAAACGGUGAUUACACUCCAGCAGGUUCCACUUUGUUCCAAACCCGUACACACGUUCAGUCAUGGUGAUGGGAGACGCUCUUAAUUUGUAAUCCUAUUUCCUUUUAUCUUUCUGACUCGCUUUGCUUUGUUUUUCAGUCUGGUGGCUGCACAGAUUAAUGUCACUAUUAGCUGAAGAUAUUUUACUAUCAUUGAGACAUUUUUUUAGACUUUAACAAAAUUACAGGGAACAGCUGGAUUCAGGGAACCCACAGGAAAUGAAACUCUCAUCCUGGACAGUGAUGACUGUAUGUAAACUUUUGAAGGAUUGUACAUCUGGAAUGUACUUCACACUUUGUGUUUCUUUUCUGGUGUUUAGAAUACUAUACUAAAACAUACUUUGAUAAUUCCCCACAUGUUAUUUUCAUACAAAAAGUAGUCCACAGUCAAGCCUAAUGUUAACCCUCACUACUUUGUGAUAAAUAAAAUGUCAGAAGACUUUUUUUUAUUGCAUUCUACGUUUAGUAAUGUGAAAAUAAUGUGUUUGCUGUUUUUUUGUUUGUUUUUUGGGGGGUUCUGGUAUCUCAUUUGUGUGUUUUCUGAACAGCAGUGUAUUUUUUUCUCUUUUGUAACUCUAAUAAUCAGAUCAAUAAAUUAUUUGAGUAAAUAAAGGACAACAUGGGUGCUAACACAAGAUGUCUAUAUAUGUAUUUGAUUAAAAAAUGUGCUUUUCUGAUGUUGUGCUCAAAGCUCACACAUUUUACUAAAUUUUAGCAAUAAUGUUAAACUUCCUGAUCAAAAUAUUUACUGAUUUUUUUUUCUCUUUAUUUUGUUUUUUUUAUUUAUUUUGACAAACACUAAACUAUGAAUUUUAUUAAAAACAUAAUUACUGUUUUUCUUCUUCUUAAGUACUCCCCAACAAUCAGAUUUGCUCAAGCCUCUGUCGGUACAUCACUACACUCUGAUAUUUGAUCUUUUCUUUUUAAGUGUUUGCUGGUUUAUGCAUCCUGUUACAAUGUAGUGAAUUGUCAAACACUCGUUUGCUCAUCAAGCAAGUCUUCAAGUUAUGGUUUACUUGGAAAUACUGUAAUAACAAAAUAUACAAGUUAAAAAAGACAAAAGCUUUUUUUCUUUACUGUCUAAUUUAAACUAAAAUUGUAUUAUUUAGUGUCACUUCACACUGAUUUUUCACUCCAGUUUUUGUGUUUUUUAUUUUAAAUGUGUGUUAAAUGAUGUGUUCUCUUUGUUGUGAUUUAUGUGUUUUUGACCAGCAUAACCGAAACCCUAACGGUAUAAAUCAUGUUGAACAAAAGUAUAAAAGUACAGAGCGCCUGAACGGACAUUGAAAAAUUGAAGUUAAAAAAAAAAAAAAACUUUUUUUUUUCCGAUAGAAAUUGAAGUUAAAAAAAAUUCUGGUUACCAACCAGUGCACACUAUUUACUAUUUGAAUUGUUUGGUUUUUUAACCUCAAUUUAUAUAUAUAUAUAUAUAUAUAUAUAUAUAUAUAUAUAUUUUUUUUUUUUUACUUCAGUGUCCCUUUAGGGGCCCCAUUAAACAGGAAAAGAUGGCUGGAGCAACUUUUAUUUCUGCUUUAAAUUUUAGAACCUAUGCUUCAUUUUUCACAAAAGUGGGAUUCAAUGUAAAGUCAGAAUUUCAUGCUUAAUGGUUAAUUAUGUAGGCAGAAUUAAAGUGGUGUCUGAAAUUUAAAGGUACUGUAAUUAGUUUAGUCUGUCAUUUCAGCAAAACUCAUUAAACAAUGAUCUUAAAAGAACGUAAUCAGGUACCAACAUUUUUAUCAGCAGAAAGUUGUUGAAAAAUACAGUUUUGAGGUUUGGUUGCUUAUUUAUGUGUCUGAAUUUGUAUUUUUAAGUGUGUUAUUUAGUCAGCGUGUAAGAACACCUCAGGGGCUGCUGAUACCUUGAAUGUCAGAUGCAUCAGCAGAAAUUUUCUUCAGUCAAAUCUGUGGAUUGUGUUCAUUUUAGUGGAUUGUUUAGAACUCCGAUAAGGAGAGAAUCCCAAUACAAUCUGGAGCACGUAGUCCACUUCUUUCUCAUGGGCUUGCUCUGUCAAAUCUCUUAUCUUUGUAAAAAAAAUAAGAAUAAGUGAAACUGUGGCAUUAUGGGACAAAUUCUAAAGCAAAAUGCAUGUAAAAUGUGUAAAUUGAUGAUCUAUGCAAAGUCAUUUACAAUGUAAUCUGCAUUUGUGCAAAACUUCUGAAUUUUGUUAACAAAAACUGAUAGUUUUAGCACAACUAAACUCUCUUUAAAGGACAUUUUGUGGCCACCAUGUUCAGAUCUGUAAGAACACCUUAUCUUUACAUUUUCAUGUAAAUACCCUUCUCAGAAUAGCGCUCUUGUAAUGUAGUCGUUGUCUGGAGGCUUUUAGAAUCACAAGUGACAAUAGUUUGCUCAGUCUACUGGCUGAGAUUACUUUGAAUGCAGUGGAAAUCAGCUGUACAUAAGAGUCUAAAUGUAUAGUAUGUCCCUUUUUUAUUGUGUUUAAUUCAAAACUACACUGCUUUUCCAGUCCUACCAUGCAUAUAUGUAUAGUAAUUCACACAAACAUGUUGCCAGACUUAUAAAUAUACUGAAAUUACAGUUUCCACUGAAUGUUACUAGCCUGAUUUGGAAAGCACUCCAGCUUUUUACCUGGAUCUUUGUCUAUAUGUCAAAAUGGCCAAUAGAAUAUUUUUUAUAAUGGGUUUUCUUUUGAUAUUUUCUGCAACUUUUCUAAGUAUUUUUUUUUUCCUUUCUAAAAUCAAAUACCAGGUUGAUUGGUACUUCCACAUAGUGUAUAUCGGGUCCAUGUCAGUUUAGAAGAUGCGACCUGAAUUACUAUAUACCAUCAGUUCUCUGAGCUAUGAACUAAACAACCACUUCUUUACUGGACCAAGAACGAUUUGUCCAAUUUUUUAUGUAUGUUUCAAGAUGUUGUAGUCUUUGCUUGUUUGAAAUGUUGCCUGUAGAUUGUGUUAAAUUUUGUUCCUUAUUGUCUUAACUGUGUUUCAUGGAUGUGGAAUGUAAAAUAUUGUAACCUAGAUCCUAAUUAUUGAAUAGAGGCUUAAUAAAUCUUGCUUAUAGUUGUGAAUUUGAAAAA